AUGCGACGGGAAAACACCCAAAUGCACCACGACGACUGUCACUACGACAAACCACCCUCACUCGCCUACGUGCGAUCUUUAGAGGAGGAAAUCCAAGAACUAAAAGCGCAACUGCGACAGGCCAAGACUCAAGUUUGGCUAAGUAGGGCUGGGUCUCACGAUGACAAGAAGCUGCCCUCAGCAUCACCCGCCAGCGAAACAGCCGGGUCUCAAAGUUCAGGUCAAGCAUUGGCGCAUCGAAAUCGACAUGUCAAGUGGGAAACCGACAUUAGUGUGGACGAAAGCGGAAGUGUAGCAUUCCACAACUCGACGUCUCCCAUUCAUGAACCACCCUCAAGUCAGCGCCAUCAUCCGCCGAUAGCAGCCCAACUCAGUUACAAUGGGAAUAUCCACGAAGACCAGCGUGUGAAACGCGACCUGAUCUACAAUGCCACUCACCAGAGACAGAUGGAACCGUACGCAAUAGCGAAUGGUGCCCUAAAGACCAAUAUACCGAAGGAAAUUUCCCACGAGCUACUCAAGUAUCACUGGUGUUGGCAGCAUCCGUUGUUUCUGUUUGUGUACAGGCCAGCAUUUACGAGAUGCAUGGCCAUGGCGGAUCUGAAUACUCCAAGCGGCCCGGAUCCGCCCUACUUUUCAGAAUCCUUGCUAAAGGUCGUCCACGCUCAUUCUGCCAGGUUCCUGAACCAUGACGUCUAUCAGGAACAAUACCAUAGUGUACUGAGCCGGCACAGCCCCGCGGGAAGUUCGAUGAGCGCCGGAGAGUUUAUGCAGAAAAUGACAGACGAAGCGCGAUUUGGCUUGGGCAUGGAUAUGCUGAAAAACAGCUCUAUCCCAACCAUUCAAGCCCUCCUGCAACAGUCUGCGAGAGAAGUUGUGUUUGGGAGAUCUUCCCAAGCAUGGACCUUUUCAGGAGUCGCCUUCCGUAUGGCUUUGGACAUGGGUAUCCAUCUCCCCAGCGACAAACUCCAGACAUUCGUGAAGAGCCUAACGGCCGAAGACAUCGAAAUUCGAAAGCGACUGUUCUGGAGCUGCUAUACCUGGGAUAAAAUACUGUCCCUGUAUCUGGGCCGCAUGCCUGGUUUCACGCCCAACACCGACGAAGUGCCCCUUACAUUUAUGGACGACUAUAGUGAUAGUGACCUGUGGGCGCCAUACUACGGAGAGACGCCAACGCCUGAACUCGCAAACGCCCCCAAUUACCCUCCAUGUCCUGGCUAUGUGGUCUCAUGUUUCCGCCAGCUGUGCAAAAUCUGCGUGAUUCUCAACGAUUUGAUGCAGAAUAUAUAUUCCUCGGAGGCAGCCGCUCGUCGUGAGGUGGAAGAGGAAGAUCAUUCGGCAGAGGCCAAAGCAGCCAGCGAGGCACCUUUCGUGAGAAUCUCGCGCGACCUACGAGACUGGCUCAUUUCCCUACCACCUCAUCUGCGAAUCAAUCCCGACCAAAUGCCAUCUCUAGCACCACCAGUGCACAUCAUGUCUCUGAAUCUACUUUACCAUACGACAGUGAUCCUUCUACAUCGGCCAGUUGUGCUUGGAGCACGAGACAUGAGCGCGCCAGGCCCCGUGCGGUCGUGGCAAAUGUGCAUACAGGCAACAGGUGCCAUACACGAUCUCAUCAUGCUACAAGCAAAUACUUUUGGACUUAACCACGUUUCAUAUCUCAAUACCUACAGUGUUUACAUUGCCGCAACCAUAGCCGUGCUGCGCUUCGAGAGGGAAUACCAACCAGGCGAGGAUCCAGCGGUGGCUGCACAAAAGAAUGGCCUGAGCUUCCUUCUAGACGUUCUACAAAAGACGUCGAGUACCAUGCCCGCCUUGGAACGCAGCAAUGCCAUUAUCCGGAAGCGGAUGAAGGCUGCCCUGGACCGCCAAAAGGCUCAGCAAGGUCAGGUCAGGAGGACUUACUCGAACGGAUCAACACCGCCCAACGCGAAAUUCAGCAUUCCGACCCCGACCAGCCAUCAAAUGGAUCUCGCACAGCCGACCGCAUUUCAGGCACUUUCAAAUCCGGCUCUAGUGCACGGAGCUUACUCACAACCAGACACCCCGGGCUCAAUCGUCGCACCCAUGCAAUGGCAGUCUGGGAUGAGAAGCAGCCUCUAUUCCGAACCCGCUCACGGAUCAGAAGACUUCUUGCCAGCCUUUCCCGGACAACAGUUCCCGGUAGGCUCCGAACACAGCUUUGGUAGCAACGAGGUCGAUCCACAUGCAAGGACGGCACUUCUUGGCUACAAUCUCGACCCCCAUCCGAGGUUAAGCUCGGGAGAUAUCGAUUGGAACUUUAUGGAUUCUUUUGAGGGUCAGUCGGUCCAUAUGUGA